AGGACUGUUCAUCGAGGGGUGUAUCAAACAAAAAAGAUCCCCCCCAAGGGCUUGGCUCAACAAAGGAAAACAAGCCCCAUUUGUGCUCCUCCUGAGAAAGUGCCAAAAACAGGGAGCAAAAGCCAAAGAGAUCAAGAGCCAAACACAUCGGGACCAACUCUUAAACAUUACGUUAUACCAAAAGUGAACCAGUCCGCAAAAGAUGACUAUAAAGAACCAAAGUUAACCCCAACAGUAGGGUCCAAAAAAGCAAUGGAUGAAGACCCAAAGUGCAAGCAAGGUCACCAAUGCCCCUAUUGCCUGAAGUUAUUCGCCAAGAAGUACAAUUUUACUAGGCAUUUGAAGGCCAUACAUCUCAGGGAAAAUCUACCUCCAUCUACUGCAACCCGGGAGAGUGAGUUGUCCACUGCUAGUAACUGGGAACAACAAGAACCAGUGAUAGUACUCCAAGAGGCAGUCGAAGAUAAAGUCCCACUCAUCAGUGAAAGCUAUGAGGCGGAGGAGCCUUAUAUAAGCGACCAUGAAACUGGAAAUGUUGAUUCCGGGGAUGGGGAUUCGAAAACCAAAGAAGACGUAGAGCCAGGUCAUCAAUUGGAGGACUCCGAUGAGGGGGAACUGAAGGUAAAUGAAGAUGCAGGACCAUGCAGAACGAAUCUGAAGAUACCGAGGAGGAAUACUCAAAGGGCAAGAAAGCUAGUCCAAAGACGAACCGAAGAGUGGUCCUGGUUAAAACAAGGGAUAUGGGAACCAUGACCAACCCACCUCGGAUGUCGAACCGCCGUCGAUUUAGAUUACCCAGGAAGUUCUACUUGAAAGUGAACCUGAUCGACGUAGAGGGGACCUCUUCAAGUGAUGAGUAAGACUAUAAACUUUGAAAAGUGCUCAAAAGUUCUAUGGACUAUGAAGUUUUUAGUUGCAAACGUUGACUUUCUUGUUGGAUUUGCUUGUUUUUAACAGUUACAUAACGAUGAAAGACU